CUGUUUUGUCGCUCAUCCCUUGAAGUUCGUUAUCGAACUUGAUCGUAGAAGACGCACUAGUGGACGUCGAACGGAAGAGGGAUCCACUGCUUCGUCGAAUGGAAAAUCAUCUGUCCUUUCAUCCCGCUUUUGCGCAUGGUGUACUUAGCUGUGAGUUGUUGAUAUCUCGACCACUUUAGCUGUGAGUUGAUAUCUCGACCGCAUGGACUACAACUGUCCCUCCCGCCGUAUAUAUUUUCUAUUUACAGCUAGAGCUACAGUACAGUUUGAGUUUGUUCUGUCUUCGUUUCGGUUCGUUCGGUGUUGAAAAAUCCGAUCCAGUGAAUCUGUCCUCUGAGCCUGCUUCCGUCGGUGUUGUUUGAGUCGGACCGCAUGUAGUCUUUUCGCUCCAACAACUAGUAUUGACGCCUCGCGCAAAAACUGUCUUUGAUUUACUUAAUCCUUUGCCUUUGUAGGUCUUUGCUAUUUUUCUUGACCACCACAGUCAUAGAGCGCUUCAACGUUUCAUAUGUUUUUGAAUUUGCGGAUACGAUGAGGUUCAUCGCGUAACAAUAUGCAGGAUGCUGAUGAGUGUCUUCGUUUUCUCUUUCCGUUGGAGGAAGAUCGAAGAGCCUGCUCAGGAAAUGCACUAGAGCCUGAUGACCACGCCUGCGGGAAUGAUAGGCACGAACCGUCGCGGGAAAAUCGACGAGCGAGAAAAGGAAAAGCCGAUGGUUUUUGUGAGUCGUUGCCCCAUCAGCAUGGGUCGCGUGGACCCAUUGGCAAUGAGAACGAAAGCUCUUUGGCAUCUAAUUAUAUGCCAUUGCAAAUUUUCGCGGCAGGCCGAAUUUUCAGCAGCGCAUCAAGAACGAGGAGAAUCGCUCGUUUUAGGGGCAGGGCGCAUAGGGCAAGUUCGUCUUCGUCGUUUUUGACGUUAAAUUGUGAAGGUUUUCAGGAUCAUGGUCCGCUUCCUCAUGAGGCAUAUUACACGCAACCCCCGUGCCACAUUGACGGUAUCCCUGACACCGCGGAGCAGUUAGUCCUCGUUGCGCAGGACGUGGACAACCUUGAGGACGCCGAUGACGGCCGGGGCCCAUUGCCAAAAGUGCAUCUUCUCACCUCCCACGUCCCAGUGUUCCAGGCUGGCGCUGUUAGCAGCUCCGUGGUCGUGCCGGAGCCUCCCAACGACGGCGCCGGCGCAUCCCAGCGAGCCAACGUUGCGAUGGCGAAUCAAGCAAGCAUGAAGUUCAUCACUGGAAUGUGGAAGAACUUUAUAAACGAAAUGCCCGGUUACGAUUCGGAAAAACGUGCGAUGUGGCGAGCCACUGUGAAGGACCGUGAUGAGCUGCGCUCACGGCACACCGAUCAAAUUGUGACCAUUCCUUGGCGUCCGCUCCAUCCCGACCCGGUGAAGGCAGCCGCUACUCCUGCAGCACAAGCGGCCCCACAGACACAGAAAGCCGCUGCCGCGUCGGCGCUUCAGAACAUCGAGCGCGGGAUUGAGGAUGAGUUUCCGCAUCGUAUUGUUUUCUCAGCCUACGCUCUCGAUCGCUCGUUCCGUGACGAUAUCUUGGCGCGGGGAACCGGUAGUCGACUGACAUGGCCGAUCUUUCGAAACAUGAUUCGAGACAACGUGCUAGAAAGAGUGGACGUUGAAGGGAUAGCGAUGCGAACUAGACCAGCGGAGGCUGCGACAAACGUGUGGGACUAUCGCAACAAAAAACCGUCAAUGCUGUCGUGGAAAGAUGCGAUGAGCUACCACACCCCGGACGUGAUAGAACAGUAG